UUGAAUUGGUCUUCUGCCAUUAACGACCUUCGCCGGACUGGUGGUCCGAUCUGGCGAUAUUUGAACAACUUCUUUGUGGCUCCGUUUUUCGGCCGUAUGCCAACUCAGACGGAGAUUGAUGCUUUAUGGAAUGCAGACGAAUAUGAUAGUUGGCCGUUCCGGGAUGCACUAAACCUGCGAGCUUUUCGCAACAUGCUAGAGAGUCUCACUGAAAACCCCAUAGAGUCGGUUGCUGCUGCUGUUGCUGCUUUAUGGCAAGCACCCACGAGGCUCGAAGACGUAUCACCAUUGAAUGUCACUACCAGUCAAGGAGUUGGGAUAGACUCAAGUUUUCCGGACGAGACAUUUCUCGGUCUACCCGAGUUGGGAACAAAUUUAGUAAGUAUUUUGUCAACCUAUUGCUUCAUAAUAUGUGACUGA